AUGCCGCCGCCUCCACCGCCCGCCGGACCGGCCGGCCGCGCAUCCCCCGUGCUGCCCAUCGUCCUCAUCAGCGCCGUCUUCGUCUUCGGCGUCGACGCCAUGAUCGGCCAGAUCCUCCGCAACGGCUACGUCGACUUCGCAUCGUCGCUGCUCGCCGACGACGGCCGGCCGCACUUCCUGCCCGGCACCAACUGGCUCAUCCUGCGGCACUUUGUCGGCGUGCCGCCCGUCGAUAAGUUCCUGGCCACGGCCAACGUCUUCUGGGCCAAUGUCGCCGACGGCUCGCGGCUGGAGCUCUCGCUAUUUGCCUUCUUCUUUGGCACGCAGCUCGUGGGCUUCUUUACCGUGUUUAUCAUCGAGGCCCAGCGCGUGGCCAGGCGGAGCAGCCUGCUCUUCAACCCGCUCGUAUGGGGUUUCUUGAUGCAGACGCUCGGCUACGGCAUCGCUGCGCCCGUCUUCUUCGCCCUGCACCUGGCCGUGACGUCCAAGUCCAGACUGGUGGACACGGUGCGUCUGCGGGACCCGAUCAGCCUGCACAGCAUCGUGCCCGCCUUUGCGCUGGGCUACUUUGCAUUGUGCCUGUUCCUCGCGUAUCCCUACUCGCAGGGCAGCGUGCGCCAGUGGACCAAUGCCGUCUGGCAGACGUUUCCGCUGCACGUUGUCGCGUGGCAGGCGAUCAUCACGGCCGUCAUCAAGCGGACGAGCCUUGGCCAGGACGCCUUCACGUCCAAAAUUCAGCUGGACCGGAGGGCCCUGACGGCGGCGUACGGGUUUGCCUGGAAUGUUGCCGUCUCGGGCCAGGUGGGCACGUCGAUUGCCUUCAUCCUCUCCUGGACGAAAUUGAUUCCCGCCCAUGCUGCGCGCGCGUUUGCGUUUCGCCCCGUCUUCCUCCCCGGGCUUCCUCACACGUCGACGCCCAUGGCCUCGCCGGCCGCGGCCACUCACAACUACUUCCAGUACGACCUGUACGUGGGGUCUGCGGUGGCCAUCAUCUGGGCGGUGUACCUGCUGUCCGAGGUCAGCCCCGUGCUGUCGACGGCGGCGGAGCGGAAGAAGCUUGCGCGAGGGAUUGCGUGGAGCGUGUGGGCGUCGGGACCGGCGGGCGCGCUCGUUGCGCUGAUGCGGCACAGGGAUGAGCUUGUCUUGGCUGCUGAGCUGAAGGCCGAGAGGUCGCAAUAG